ACGGUAAUGCGUUGCGCUGAAGGAUAAACCCAGUUGAAUGCUAGGUUAGAUGACAUCAAGGGGCCAACAAUAACAACAAAAACAGCCAUUGCAUUCGCUAAGGCCAGAACCAUAAUUUGCAACGUUGCAAUGUUCAUUUCAAAAAAACCUGUUUUCAUUGCACACACAAAAAAAAGAACAGAAAAAAAGAAGAAAAAAAAUGCAAUUUCAAGUUUGUGAUACCAGCAUCUUCCUGUGAGAAUUGGCUAGAGGAAUAGAGGUGCAUUCUGUAGUGACCGCCGAGCAGGGUCAAUGACCAAGGCUAAGCACAGCACACAGCACAAACAUGGCAGACAAAAUUAACCGUUAAUAUGUACAAUAAACAAACCGCAGCCUUUGGUCUAUUACAAGUAAUUAGAACGUUGAACAAUGACUCGCGCUUUUCUUGAAAUUUAGGUUAUUAGGCUAGAGUUGUUUGUACAUAUAAUUAAGCAUCAUCUAUCAAUUAUAAACGAAGGCACAAUUGUAAAAUUCCGCGUUGUUUAUGUGCAUUGAAUUGUUCAGGCUGCGGUCAAAAGCUGCGCUCUAAUGAAGGUUCUCACAUUCCCACUACAAUGCGGAAGUCUUUGGGCCAUUGAACUGAACACAAUCGGGUUUUUGUUAGCAUCAGGCAAAGGCUCCUCUUCUGUUUAAGUCCAGAGCUGUGGCUCAUUCAUCGCCCGCUGUCGGACGCCGACGGUCCUGCACGCGAAUCGAAGCUACCAAACAAAAUGUGCAAAUUCACCCAUCGAUUAUUUGUCUUGGUCUUGUUGCAAUUUAUUGGCUUGGCCGUGGCCAAGCCUCUGAAGACGCGCAACAGUGCCAGCGAUUUAAUUGAGCUUUUGUACAAUGAUUAUGGCGAUUAUGGCUAUCAGUUGGAGGAGGUUAACUACGAUCAACGACAGAAGGGCGAAGAAAAUUUUAAAGUGCGCCUAGAUGGCUUCCUAAUUGGAUUGCCAGCUCGUGAUGAUUCAUCCUGGCUGGAUCUACUUGCUGAAGAGUAUUUAAGUAACGCGCUGCCCAAAAAGCCAGCAUCUCCAGAAUCUGGACUAAUUUUUCAGACUGUGGCUGAAAAAAAUAUAACGGAUGCAACGACUGCUCCAGUGGUAAAUAUGCCUGCGUCAAAAAAGGAGAUCGAAAGCCGACAACACGCCAAUGAUGAUAUGCCCAGCUCACCCCGUACAAAGGCACACAUGCUGCAGCUUCUGCAAAUGUUUCGACGGACUCAGAUCUAAAGCGCUAAAAGAUAUAAUACUUAUAACGUUUAAAACAAUUGCGUUUUAUUAUUUUUAUUGUAAUUUACUGAAUUUUAAAGUAAACUAAAAUCAAUUUUGAAAAUACCGCCAUUGAACUGAUUACUACCAGGGUUGAUUUCCGACCUGCUCACAGGACAAUGUUUUAUGCAGUUACCCAAUACUGUGAAUCGUUCUAAAUAUAUAUUU